AUGGUGAUCAUGAGCGCCUUCCCGCUUCCGCCGCCGCUGCAGCCGCCUCACACGUACCGAGUCGUCAACCGCCACGCCAUGGCGCCACCACCACAAGUGCCCGGCCUCCAGGUCCGGCCGGUGACGGCGGCGAACUACGAGGCGGAGCUGGACGGCAUCGGCUUCCUCCUCGCGAGGUACCCCUACGUCGCCAUCGACACGGAGUACCCGGGCACCGUCCACCGCCCGCCGCCGCCGUGGAGGGCCGGGCGCGAGCUCUCCCCGCCAGAUCGCUACGAGCUCCUCAAGGCCAACGUGGACGAGCUCCCCGUCGUUCAGCUCGGCAUCACGCUCUGCGACGAAUACGGCAACCUCCCCACCCUCGUCGACGGGAGCGGCCGCCCGCACGAGGUCGUGUGGGAGGUGACCUUCUCGGACUUCGACGCCCGCCGCGACCGCCACGCGCCGGAGUCCGUCGCGUUCCUGCGGUCGCAGGGCCUCGAUUUCGACCAGGCCAUCGCGCGGGGGGUGAGCUCCGCGGCGUUCGCGGCCAAGCUCGCCGCCGUCCUGCCGCGGGCCGGGCUCGAGCUGACGUGGGCGGCGUUCGGCGGCGCGCACGACUUCGCGUACGUGGUGAAGAUGCUCUCCGGCGGGCGGCCGCUGCCGGGGACAUGGCACGAGUUCGCGGCGCUGGCGAGGGACCUCCUCGUCGGGCGGGUGUUCGACGCCAAGUACAUGGCGGAGCACUGCGAGCGGGCGGACCUGUGCGGCGGGCUGAGGCGGGUGGCCGAGAGCCUCCGCGUGCAGCAGCACGACUUGCCGGAGCGGCCGGCGUGGCUGGCUGGCAGGAAGAGCUACAUCGCCAGCCGCAUCUUCACGGCGAUGAGGAGGCGCAUCAUGUACCGUGACGGCGGCGCUCUCUAUGAAAGCCUCAUCGAUGGCCUGCACAUCUGA